UAUGUGUACAUAGCUAUGGCAAGUCCUAACAUAAGAUACAGAUAUACAACUGCAUAUAUAAGGGUUUUGGUGGCGUGUGUAGUUUUAUAUUUGAUGACACUGAUAUUUGGCAGAGGUCAAACCAGUGAAGAACUUCAAAAUGUUCAGCAAGUUGAGAAGAGUGCAACUAAAGAGAGUGAAACUACAAUUCUAAACGUGGAUCAGUGGCUUGAUAAGCAGGAAAAGAAUUAUUUAAAGGAUAAAUUUGCUAAAGCAGGUAUUCUGGAAGAGCCAUUAGAUUCCUUGAAUUUAAAGGAUGUAGACCAUGUCAGAGGGGUACCUGAAACAACGAUAAAUGACUUGAAAUCCUCCAUUAUAAAUGCCAAAGAUGUAAGAAAAUUUGUGAUUUGGUUAAAAGAUCAAAGACUACACAUCGAUCUUGUAGAAAGGUUGACAACACUUGGAGUAACAGAUUUUGAUAAGCUGGCAUUGUUAACAGAUGCAGAGAUAUCACAGAUUGGAGGAACCUGCAGCGUAGAAGAACUCCAGCAUCUCAAACAACUGGUGAAGACUGCACAAAGUCUGACAGGCAUCUCUAAUACCAGUAACUGGUCCGCAUUGUCAUGGAUCCUCUUCAUAUUCAAGAUAGUGCUGACACUUGUGGUAGGAAUAUCAGUUCUGAUUGUUGUGGUGGUCAUGGACUGUAUCCGGAGUUUUGCCACGGAUGUCAGGAACAUCCGGAUCCCUAGAUAUGCCCCUGGAUAUACUCCUGGAGGACCCUCUGUCUCAGUGGGAGAUGGAAAAAACUGGCUUUGGAAGCUGUUCUUCAGUAACUCAGCUCACUCCCUGGCCUCCCAGUUCUGUAGUGUUAAGUGGCACUGGGAGGAACCUCAUCUGGUGGGGAACACAAUGUCAUUCACUGUCAAGCUAUAUAGAAAAAGUGGAAAACCCUACGUAACCAGUUCUACAAACUCUGCCAGUAUUGUCAUCCAGUUGAAAAAUGAGCAGGUCGCCUGUACAAAACAGCUGGACACUGAGGACACAGAUCAAAACGCAAUAAAAACCUCCUUUACUGUCCAUAAAUCUGGGUCAUAUAAAAUCUCAAUCAUGGUAUCAGGAAGGCAUGUUAAAGGCAGUCCUUUUACUAAGAGAUUUGAGCCAGGCCCCAUAGAUGCUGGGAAGUCAGGUUUUACAAAUUAUUGUUCUACAAUUGUAUGCAGUGCUGGGAUGCCCUAUCCCCUAACCAUUGAAACUCAGGACUCAUUUGGCAAUCCUGCUGUCUACAAAGCUGAUCAAAACAAUUAUUUCAAAAUUAAAGUUAUAGAGACAGAAAGCAGUAGGAGAUAUUUCCCAGCCACCCAGAUGAUCUAUAAUCCAGACAAGAAACAUCUCACAAUGCACAUCAAAAUGGAACAGGAGGGCCAUUACCAAGCCACUGUAAGCUAUGGUGAUGCCAAGCUGAAGAAUGGAGAAUUUAGCAUUCUGGUUAUAAAUGAAGAUGACAUGACACAUGUAAACAAAAAUUUAUCAAAGAAGCAGCGUAACAUCUGGUACGAGGCUCGUCUCCUCUCUGGUAAUGGUGAUAGUGGGGAAAAGGCCAAAAAGGUCUAUGUUUAUAUAUCACCUAAGCAAUUAACUCUAAAAGAGUAUUACCUGAAAGUUAUUGGGAAAAAGUUGUACACAUGGAGAGUAUGUCCAGGAACUAAGUUUUACUUUAAUGGUUACAACUCUCGAUAUGAUGCUCCAGUUAUGACAAUAUAUGAUUGCUCACAACCCCAUGUGACACUUGCAGCCAAAGACCGAAAUAUUAUAGCAGCUACCUUCACCUCAUUUAUGCAAAGAAACAUAGGUGGAUCAGAGACAUUCCAAGAUAAACAAACUUACUUUUGUCAGGAAGUCCGAAAAUUCCAAAAGAGUUCUACUACUGUCCUAAAAAUAGACAGAUCCCAGCUUUUACAAAGUUCAUAUAGAGCCACAAAGAGUUUUGAUUGCAGUGAUUGGUACAAGAAUUUUCAAAUCACUUUCACUGGGGAGCAAGGACUAGACUGGGGUGGAUUGAGAAGAGAGUGGUUUGAACUACUUUGUAGAGAGUUAUUUGAUCCAGCCAAUUCAGAUUUUUUCCAUCGAUUUACAAGUGAUACACAGGGUCUUGUUCAUCCAAAUGGAAAAAGAAGUGUGACUUCCAAAUUAAAGUAUUUUGAAUUUGCUGGUAAAAUUGUUGGGAAAUGCUUAUUUGACUCUGCCAAAGGAAGUGGUUACAGACAACUGGUAAAGGCCACAUUCUCAAGGUCGUUUUUAGCUCAGUUAAUUGGAUUACAAGUGAAUUACAAGUAUUUUGAAAUGGAUGACCCUGAACUAUACAAAACCAAGGUGAAGUAUAUUCUGGAGAAUGACAUUGAAGACAUGGAUUUGACCUUUUCAGAGGAAGAGUACUCAGCUGAAGGUCAUCUUAUGAAGGUGGUGGACCUGGUACCAAAUGGAUAUAAGAUGUCUGUAACUAACGAUAAUAAACUUCACUACCUGAAUUCCCUAGCUCAAUACCGAUUGGUCAGUUCCUGCCGGGAGGAAGUAGAAGCCUUCCUAAAGGGACUUAAUCUGCUGAUUCCAGAUAAUUUGCUCAGUAUAUUUGAUGAAAAUGAAUUGGAGCUGUUGAUGUGUGGAACAGGAAAUUAUAGUGUAACGGACUUCAAAGCACAUGCUGUGAUAGAUGGAACUUCAUACUCAUUCUUUAAGGUGUUGGAUUGGUUUUGGACGGUAGUGGACAGCUUCACUGAGGAGCAGAUGGCUCGCCUGCUCCAGUUUACUACAGGGUGUUCACAGCUUCCAGCUGGCGGAUUUGCUGACCUCAAUCCAAAAUUCCAGAUCUCAUUUGCUCCCACCUACAACACACUUCCCACAGCUCAUACAUGCUUUAACCAGUUGUGCUUACCAGAUUAUGACUCAAUGGAGAGCUUGCACAGAUCAAUUUUGAUAGCCAUCAAUGAGGGAUUUCAGGGUUUCGGCCUAGUCUGACCUAUCUUCAGCACUGCUUUACUGAUCUAAGCAACUACUUCAAAUCCUGCCAUUUCAAUGCAAACUGUACAGUUUUUUGUUUAAGAUAUCCUUUACUUGUGUACAGAAUUGUCUCCUGUACACUUUUGUUUCUGCAAAUUUCAACACAAGACACAAAACAUGAUUUCUCUUUUAGGUCACCUGAGUCACUCAGGUGACCUAUUGCUAUCCGUUUUUGUCCGUCGGUGUGCGUCGUGCGACGUGCGAUGUGCGUUAACAUUUGAACAUUUUUAGCUUCUUCUCUGAAACCGCUCAACCAAUUUCAACUAAAUUUGGCAUAUAGCAUCUAUGGGUGAAGGGGAACAAAAAUUGUGAAUUUCAUGGUCCCUACCCCCCUGGGGCCUGAGGGGUGGGGCUAAAACCACCAAAAUUAAUGCAAUCUUUAAAAAUCUUCUUCUUUACUCCUGUACAUCAAGCAGUCAAACUGUUGGCAUCAUUGUAAUAAGCAUUGAGUCAUCUACCAAAAUUGUGAAAUUCAUGGCCCCAGGGUCAGGGGUUCUGGUGCUAGGGCGGGGCUAUAUAGAUCACAUAGUGAAAGUGCAUUAUUUCUUUGAAAAUCUUCUUCUCUGCUCCUGGGUAUUAAAUAAACUAACUAAGUAUAUAGUUAUGAUGAGUAAGAGUACCUCUUCCAAAAUUGUGAAAUUCAUGGCCCCAGGGGCAGGGGUUCUGGUGUUAGGGCGGGGCUCUAUUGAUUAUAUAGUGAAAAUGCAUUAUUUCUUUGGAAAUCUUCUUCUCUGCUCCUGGGUAUUAAAUAAACUAACUAAGUACAUAGUUAGGAUGAGCAAGAGUGCCUCUUCCAAAAUUGUGAAUUUCAU